GGGUGGGGCUGGGAGGGGAGACCGCUGGGGGCGGCGCGUCCAGCCCCGGGGCUGGGGGUCCAAAGUGCUCGGCCCCUGGGCACAGCCGGACGUUGGGGGCCUUCUUUCCGCAGGCGACAGCCUGAUUGGGGGUGAAGUGGGAGAUAUUUUUACCCCGGGGGCAGGCAGAGAGCGGGCCGGCGCCGAGGGCAGGAGAGCGGGGAUAUCGCAGACACAAUGAGGCUGCGGUGUGCGUGCAGGACAAUGGCAUCUCUUGGACACCUCUUGGUUCUCUGUGUGGGUCUCCUCAGCAUGGCCAACGCAGAAGCUCCACAGGAACAUGAUCCAUUCACCUAUGACUACCAAUCACUGCGGAUCGGAGGCCUCAUCAUCGCCGGGAUCCUCUUCAUCCUGGGCAUCCUCAUCGUCCUGAGACUGGGGAACCUGAUGAAGAGGAGGGAACUCUCCGCAGCUCCAUCCGCCGUCUGUCCACCCGCAGGCGGUAGAAACAGCUGGCGCGAUGAACCCCAGCCAGGAUCCCCUGGCACAUGACGCCUCCCACCCAGCCCCGAGCGCCCACCGCCACCAGGACUGUCAUCUUCCCGAGCCCUGCCCCCACAGACUCGUCUCUGCCGCCCAGACUUCCAAUAAAACGUGCUUUCUCUCCUGACA